AGGGAAAAAGUCUUCUCCAAAGAUACGAUCACCACCCGGUGAUGACAGUUAAGUUUACCAAGCUCCCAACUAUAAUAAACCACCAUUUAGUCACCAGUUCUUGUUUCCCACUCGCGACUUUGAGUUCAUUUCUAUCCGAUUCACAGGCAUUAUGGCUAGCAAGAGGAUUCAGAAGGAGCUUCAGGAUUUACAGAGAGAUCCUCCAACGUCAUGCAGUGCAGGACCUGGUGGAGAAGACCUGUUCCAGUGGCAGGCGACAAUCAUGGGCCCUGCUGAUAGCCCCUACGCUGGAGGUGUAUUCUUUGUUAUGAUUCACUUUCCUCCGGACUAUCCUUUCAAGCCCCCGAAGGUGAAUUUCCAAACCAAGGUUUACCAUCCAAACAUCAACUCUAAUGGUAGCAUUUGCCUUGACAUCCUUAAGGAGCAAUGGAGCCCAGCUUUGACAAUUUCCAAGGUCCUCCUCUCCAUCUGCUCCCUGCUCACUGACCCGAACCCCGAUGAUCCUCUCGUCCCGGAGAUUGCUCACAUCUACAAGAACCAGAGAAGCCGCUAUGAAGAAACGGCUCGGGCAUGGACCCAGAAGUAUGCCAUGGGUUGAUCAAUGAUCAUUCCCUAUCUUCAGAAACAAAAAGAUGGUUUCAGACUUGUUAAUUAUUAUCUUUAGUUAAAGGCAUAUAAGUCGAGUGUUUGUUAUGAAUCCCUUCGAGUUUUUCUCUGUAUAUUGAUAUAUACACUUUCAUGGAACUCAAAUCUAUAUUUUUCAAUGAACAUGUUUUGAUA